UAAAAUAAAAUAGGUAACAAUACGUGCUAUACUGAUAUUAUACAUUUUAUUGAAUUUUUCAGAAAAAAUCAAACAGGAGGCCGGGAACGCCCUAAGCGACGGACAUGGCUAGCUAUUGCAAGUACUCGUGCAAAACUCCGAGUGAAACUUUUCAAUGGAUUCGAGCAAUAAUGGAUUUCAUUAAGCCUUAUCGGUUCUUCUUUGAUGCGCAUGUCAACAAUUUCUUCAAGGUUUCCUUCUGGCACAAAUACUUACUCAGUAACACAAAUAUGUAUACGGAAUUUAUGCGAUUGCUUUUAAAAUUUACAGGACAGACUAUGGGAAGCUGUCAAUAAAGAGUGGAUGGAUUGUUUACAAGAUGAACUUGUGGAAAAUCUUAUCCAAAUUCCUUCUGGUGUUGUACAGGACCACUGGCCUGCUUCACUCAAAGAAUUUAUCAUCACUCUGAGGUCUCUUUCUCUUCCCAGAAAACAGGCAAAUUUGCAGGAGGAAUUCCCACUGUUGCAAAUGGCCUCACUGAGUACUGUUCUUGCUCAAGGCAUGAACCUUAAGAAAAAACACGAAGUGGAAGUACUUGCUGCAGUGGUGGGUGUGAUUGCCAAAGAUGUUGAAACAAAAACAAUAGUUGAUGUUGGAUCUGGUCAGGGUCAUCUUGCACAAGUGCUUUCAUUUGAACAUGACCUUUCUGUUGUGGCGAUUGAUGCCUCUUCGCAUCAUGGAAAGAUUACUAGAGCACGUGCUGAGAGAAUUAGGAAGCACUAUGCCUCAAAGAUGCGCAAAUCUGGAUUAGAUGGCAGAAAGUGGUGUGUGCCAAAGACAGUGACCUGUCAAAUAUUGUCCUCUGAGACAUUAAAGGCCUUGAGUUAUGGUGUUGAAAAACAUUGCCUUUUAAGAGAAAGUUCUAUUGGACACAGUCCAGUUGAGGAACAUUUAAGUCCUCAUUCCUGCAUGAUUGGGGAUUCAUCAUUGAUUCUAGCUGGACUUCAUGCCUGUGGAGAUCUUUCUGUGACUAUGUUGAGGUGAUUGGAUGCAUGAUACUGCCUUGUUUAAUGUCUCAGAAUAAUCUGAAUAUCCAUGAUAAUCAAAUGAAGACCCAUCUAUCAAGGAUACCACAAAGGUCAUGAAAGACUGAAUGAAUAAGUGGACAACAACUGCUUUGCAUUCUUACUAAUACUAAACACUCGCUUUUUUCUCUGGUCAGCUUUCUGUCUGUGAUAUGAGCUUAAUCUUCUGGAACUGUUCAAGGGUUAUUGUGGCCAACUUCAUUUUGACAUAGAAAGACUACCUGUAACUUGUGUUUGCAUUUUGACUAAAUUUGGAUCUGAGUAGGACAUUCUUGGAUUGCGAUGAAAUAAAAGCAGUGAUCAGUGUUGGAUGCUGUUAUAACAUGCUCACUGAAGAAGCUUCUAGCAUGGAUGGUCCUCCCUCUGGUUUUCCAGUUAGUGAAAGUGCUAGAACUUUUGGCUUAUGUCUUGGAAAAAGUGCCCGCGAUCUUGCUUGCCAGAGUGCAGAUAGAUGGAGAGGCUUAGAUCAAGCUGCUGGACUAGACAACUUUGAAUUGCAUGCAUUUCGUGCUGCCUUCCAGAUGAUUCUAUUGCGAUAUUAUUCAGAUGUAUUGACAAAAAGUCCUGCAAUAGGGCGUCAAGGAAAAACACUACGCCGCCAACAUUGUAACAGAACCCUGAGGUCUAAUUUCCAGUGUCAAUGUCCCAAACAAUAUAGUGGAUGCUCCUCACAGAACAUAAGUUAUGAUGAGAAUAAGUGCUCCAUGUCUGGCCUUGGCUGUAGAUGUGAUGUCAAGAAGGGUGUUGAAGGUUUAGCCUGUGAUGAUGAUGGUGCCUUCUUUAAUAAAACAUCUUCCGCUCUGAGUUCCCGAACAGGAACUGCCAAUUCAAUGGAUAGUUUUUCAUUAUUCAUAAAAUUCUGUGAAUCUGGGCUUGCCCGCCUUAGCCUCCAGUCACAGGAAAUAGAUUAUCUUGACAUAUGGAAGGAGACACAACCUUUCGCUGGGAUGAUAGGGCCUUAUUGGUCUCUUCGUGCGGCUCUAGGGCCUGUUUUGGAAACUAUUAUUUUGCUUGAUCGGUUAUUGUUCCUCCAGGAGAGUGGUAAAUGCAUGCAAGUUGGCCUGUUUCCUCUUUUUGACCCAGUGCUGUCUCCAAGGAAUAUGGCUAUAAUUGCUAAGAAAAUGUAGAAGCUUACUAUAUCUAUUACCUUGCACCAUUGUAUAUUUCUUACCAUGUUUAGAAAUAUUUUCUUUCUUUAGAAAAGUAUUCUAGCUUAUUCUUUCUAUGUUAGAGAAUUUAAAUCACAUCGUUAUGUCCUUCAUAGUGCUUUACAUGUACAUUUUUAUGUAUAACGGGCCCAAUCAAAUGGAUGCUCAAAGCUACUAAUCAAAUG